AUGGCUGUUCCCUACCGAGAGCUUUUCAUUGAUGGCGCAUGGGUUUCAGCUGCGUCGAAUGGUAGGCUUGAUGUUAUUUCACCUGGAACGGAGGACGUUGUUGGCUCCAUUCCCCGCGGUGGUGCAGCUGAUGUGAACAAAGCUGUCGAGGCAGCGACGAAAGCAUUCUACUCUGGACCGUGGAGAAAACUUUCUGGUCAUCAGCGCGCUGUAUACCUUCGUCAAAUUGCAGAGAAGGUGAAAGAGAAGAAGAUCGACCUGGCACGCUUGGAAUGCCUGGAUAAUGGAAAACCCAUCUCGGAGGCUGAAUGGGACAUUGAUGACGUUGCUGGAUGCUUUGAGUACUAUGCUGAUCUGGCUGAGAAACUGGAUGGUUCCCAAGACAGCCCAGUGCCGCUUCCUAUGGAGGAGUUCAAGACUGUGCUCAGACGAGAGCCGCUUGGGCCAGUGGGGCUCAUCUCUGCCUGGAAUUAUCCCAUGUUGAUUGCGACGUGGAAGGUGGCCCCGGCCCUGGCAGCAGGCUGCACGGUUGUGCUGAAGCCCUCAGAGAUGGCAUCUCUGACUUGUCUCGAGCUGGCAGCCAUUGCAGAGGAGGUCCAGCUUCCACCGGGUGUCCUGAAUGUUGUGACUGGCCUUGGCGUGGAAGCAGGUGCCCCUUUGAGUGGGCACCCAUGCAUCGCCAAGAUUUCCUUCACGGGGUCAACAGCAACGGGGCAGCGCAUUGCAGAGGCAGCAGCGAAGAAUGGAGUGCAGACUUGCAUGGAACUGGGAGGCAAGAGCUGCCUGAUUGUGUUCAGCGAUGCGGACGUAGAUGAUGCUGUGGAGUGGGCCUGCUUUGGCUGCUUCUGGACAAAUGGGCAGAUAUGCAGUGCUACAUCGCGCCUCCUUGUGCAUGAGGACAUCGCCGAUGCAUUUUAUGCCCGCCUGAAGAAGCGUGCGGAGAACAUCAAAAUCGCUGACCCCCUCCAAGCCAACACACGCCUGGGCCCAGUUAUAUCAAGUGGACAGCUGGAAAAGAUCCUGGGCUUCAUCGAGGACACCAAGAGGGAGGGUGCCACCCUGCUGACUGGAGGCAAGCGGCCAGAGCACCUGUCGCGUGGAUACUUUGUGGAGCCAACAGUGUUCAUCAAUGUUAAGCCCGAGAUGCGUCUCUGGAGGGAGGAAGUCUUUGGGCCUGUCCUUGCUUCGGCUACUUUCCGCACAGAGGAGGAAGCCAUUGCAAUUGCAAAUGGCUCUCAGUAUGGCCUGGCGGCUGCUGUGAUCUCCGCUGAUGCUGAGCGCUGCAAGCGUGUGGCGUCUGCAAUGGAGACUGGAAUUGUGUGGAUUAACUGCAGUCAACCUUGUUUCUGCCAGGCACCAUGGGGAGGUAAGAAGGCAAGUGGAUAUGGCAGGGAAUUGGGCACAUAUGGCCUGGACAGCUACUUGAGUGUCAAGCAGGUCACCACUUAUGUAUCAAAAGAUCGUUGGAAUUGGUAUCCCGUGGAGUCAAAGCUGUGA